UGCACGACGUCUCACGAGCAGCAGUCAGGCAGGACAACGUUCCGAUAGUCGGUCGGUCGAGUCGAGUUGUUUUGGUAUCGACCGCGCGCGCUCUCGAAGUAAAAGUCGCUCGGAAGGACGAACGACAGCAGACAGGAUAGGGAAAGGACAGCCCAGCCAGGCCCACCCAUCAUCCGCGCCACCCGAGGCAAGAGCGCGCGCCUUUGGUUUCGGUUCCUAUUGAGAGCGAAAGGUCGUCGUGCAACUAGCAUUUGUAGCAGCAGUCAGGACAGGGAGGCAAACGUGGACGGUAGCAUUUGGGCAAACUUUCUUCGCCAUAAACCAAUUGUUGAAAAUGUGCGCACCAAAGUGUCUAGUACCAAGAACUGUGACAAACUUGUGGGGAAAAGUUUUAAGUUUUUCCGGUCCAAUCUAGGAGCGAAGGUGACGUUUCACCACGGGGUUUACGUAAGCGUUUUUCGGUGAAUUGGAUUGGAAUCUAAGUGCUGCUACGGGGCAGUUUGAAAAAUAGGAAAAUUUCCCUGCCAGACUGCACGAGAACAUGGCAGAAGAUUUAUCGAUCAAUAAAAAUAAGAUCUGUUCUUCUUUGCGUUACAACAACAACGACAUCUGUAGGCUGUGCUUGAAGAAUGAAACCCAUAUGGAGCCGUUGUUCUACACGAAUCUAUUUCCGAACAUUUUGCUCACCAAAAAGAUUUACGACUGUACCGCGAUACAGAUAAUUUACGAGCGCAACCUGCCGAUGUUCGUAUGCAAACUGUGCGCCAAUAAGCUGGAUGAGUUCGUACGAUUCCGAGAACGCUGUGUGGCUAAUGACGAGUUUCUACGAAACGCUCUGGCAUUUUUCGAUGCAGGUCAACACAACUUUAAACAGGAACAAUACCAGGAAGAGGUCAAACAAGAGCUAAUACCCGUAGCCCAUCAACAACAGCCACAUCAAACAAAUGUCCACGUGACUCCGAUAGAUUUCCGGCAAUCUAAACCCAUAGAAACUGCACCGGUAUACGAGAAUCCAAAAUCGGAAGACGAUGACCACAUUGACCAGGAACAGCUGGUUUGCGAACAGUGCAAUUUCGUGGCUGAAGAUGAAAAUUCUCUGCGUACACAUGCCAAACAGCACCACGACGACAAACCUUACGUUUGCACCAUUUGCUCCAAGUCGUUUAAAAUCCGGCAACACCUACUUAUUCACAGUCACACCCACGUAGAACUGCAGCAGAAAUCCCCAGCUGCAGAUCAACAGCCUACACCGGACUCUAAACCUACCUAUAGCUGUACCAAAUGCACAAAAGUAUUCGUAAAUCGAGGAAACCUCAUCAAUCACAGCGUCGAAUGUCACGGAAACGUGAAAAGUCUCACCUGCGACAUCUGCUCCAAAACGUUCAAGUACAACGUACAGCUACGAAUCCAUCUGAGGACCCACUCCGGUGAACGGCCGCACACCUGCGAAAUUUGCCACCGAGGUUUCUCGCAGCUAUCGAACCUCCGCUCCCAUCGGAAGAUCCACUCGAAGGUCAAACCGUACAAGUGUCAGUACUGCCUGAAGAGCUUCACCAUGCCGGAAAGCCUUACGGCGCACAGCAUGAAGUGCGUCAAGGACAAGUAUCGCUGCAUGCUGUGCUCCAAAUCGUUCGCCAAGGAAGGCAACCUGACCUCACAUCUACAGUGCCACACCAAGGGCGUGAUCGAGAAGAACUUCAAGUGCGAGAUGUGCCCAAAAAGCUUCCGCAACAAAGAGGACUGGAAGCGGCACGUGCGUGUUCAUACGGGUGAAAAGCCCUACAUUUGCGACAUUUGUCAGAAAGGUUUUGCCCAGAAGGCAAACUUGCUUUCGCACCGUAAGACUCACCUCAAGCCAAAUAUCAUCUUCAAGUGUGAGAAGUGUGAUAAGGUUUGUCGAACCCAAAAGCUACUGGAGCUACACAUUCUAAAAUGCGGAACCGGUGCCGAUGUUUCAUCGCCAAUUUCAUCGGUUCCAACACCGACUCCACCGUUAACGACGCCACCUCCACAACCUAGCCAUGGUCAACAUGGGCAUCCAGCCCCAACGGUUACGCCCACCCUUGAAGCCCUCUCCGAUUUGCUGCGGUACGAGAUAGCCCUACGAGCGCCGACAGAACUUCAGGAGAUCCUGCUGGCUACCAUGGAGAAAAAGAAGGCAGCUCAGGAAAAACAUCGUUCGACCACCGUUCAAUCAUCAUCUUCUCCAGCACCGUCAAUGGCAUCGCCAACUCCCACGGCAACCACCGCGGCCGCCCCAUCCGUUUCUUCCACCAGUCGCCAGUAUCGGUGCGAUGUUUGCUUCAAGAUCUACACCCAGUAUGCCAGUUUGGUGAAGCAUCGGAAGCUGCACUUCAAAACGGCCCGGGACCGGAGCAAAACCACCGGUACCGGUGCGGCCGAGGAGGCUGAUGACCGGCCCUACAACUGUGAUAUAUGCGGGAAGAAUUUCAAAUUCAAUCGGAACCUGAAGGUUCACAUGAAGCUACACACCAAAGCAAACGGCUGUUACAAGUGCGACAAAUGCAGCGACACAUUCGAAACGCCGGAACGCUUAAAACAGCACCUGGCGGAGCAUCCGAUCGAUGUGGAGAAAAUCUUCAAUUUCAAUAACAACAUUGACGCAGUUUCGGUCGCAAUUCCCGGAUGUGAUCAUCUUGAACAAGUUGUGGUGCGAAUCAGGAAUCAGUGUCGAUACAUCUACCUGUGUUGUGUAUACUUCAGGCCAAAUAGCGAAACUUCUUUAUAUGCGUCUCACAUGUCUGCUCUUGAUCACAUAAUGAACAUUGCUACUAGCCAGGACAUUAUCGUCGUAGCUGGGGAUUACAAUCUACCCAAUCUAAAUUGGAGCUUUGAUGAAGAUUCGAAUGGAUUCUUGCCGGUGAACGCCUCCACUGAGCAGGAGCUAGCUGUGAUAGAAUCAACAAUAGCUUCUGGGUUGUCUCAGAUGUGCUCGCUCGUCAACGCAAAUGGAAGAAUUCUCGACCUUAUGUUCAUGAAUAGACCUGAUCUUGCCGAAGUUGUACACCCACCACGUGCAAUUUUGUGCACUGACCGACAUCACCAUCCGUGUGUAAUGAUAGUGCAUUAUUUAUCUGAUGAGUUUAUGGACACCGCAUGUUCCCACCAGCAAAAUUUGGAUUUUACGCAUUGCGAUACAGAUCAUGUUAUUGAACUGUUGAUGAACAUGAACUGGCAAGCAGAGCUUGGAGAUCUGAGUGUAGAUGACGCGGUAUCUACCUUCUACUAUCAUAUGUGGGAGAUUUUACGAGCGCACACACCUCCUAGACGAUUGCGCCGACAAAAGACCUAUAAUCAACCUUGGUGGAACUCUGAACUUCGGAGAAAACGUAACGUUGUUCGUAAAGCCCGCAAACGAUACUUUCGAGACAAGACUGAUGAAAACAAAUUAUCCCUCUCUAGACUAGAGACUGAAUAUUCGGCAAUUCGUAACGCUGCUUUUGAUCAGUAUAUUUUGAACAUCGAACGUAACGUUAAACAAGAUCCUUCUUCAUUCUGGAAAUAUAUCAAUAGUCGUCGACUUGGAAAUUCUAUUCCUUCAUCUCUAACGUUUCAAGAACGGACAUCGGAAAGCGUUAAGGAUUCUGCUGGUUUGUUUGCCGAAUUUUUCAGUAGCGUGUACAGCUCACUCUCUCCGAACUGCACUAAUGAUUACUUUGGAACACUGCAAAACCGUGACAUUAGACUCCCGCAGCCCUUAUUUUCAGACCAGGAGGUUCUAAAAGUAUUAGUAUCUAUGGAUUCUUCGAAAGGUUCAGGGCCUGAUGGGAUCCCAACGUCGUUGGUCUCGAGAAUUGCUGUAUCACUUGCCACGCCACUUAGCAUGAUUUUCAAUCUAUCGAUAUUGGAAGGUGUCUUUCCUGCUCUUUGGAAAAUGGCAUCUAUUUUCCAAUUCAUAAGUCUGGAAACGCUCAUCGUGUUGAAAAUUACCGACCAAUAUCCAUUCUCUGCUGUUUCUCCAAAGUAUUUGAAGUCCUGA